GCAAUUGAAGGAAAGAUGAAUGCGGCCAAGUACAGAGAUAUCCUGGAGGAAAACCUCUUCCAGAAUGCUCAGGACUUCAGACUGGGCCGAAGGUUCACCUUUCAACAGGACAAUGACCCUAAGCACACAGGUAAAAUAACAAAGGCGUGGCUUCAGAACAACUCCGUGACCGUUCUUGACUGGCCCAGCCAGAGCCCUUACCUAAGCCCAAUUGAGCAUCUCUGGAGAGACCUGAAAAUGGCUGUCCACCAACGUUCACCAUCCAACCUGACAGAACUGGAGAGGAUCUGCAAGGAAGAAUGGCAAAGGAUCCCCAAAUCCAGGAUUCGAGAUCUGAUGCGCGCUGGAGUGAUCAAGCCAACCGAGAAACCGAUCUGGUAUGACGUCUAUGAAGCUUUUCCACCAACGCGGGAACCGCUUUACGUGAAGACCUAUACUCGAUCCAGGGACAAGAAACCAGACCCCGUGCCUGAAAUUUUCUACACAGAAGAUGAAGUUAGAGCGAAGUUCUAUGAUCAAUACGGGAUGGGUCUUCGGCCGUUUGAUCUUUCCAAAUCAAACUUUGUCUCUACCUGUCAGAGAUUUGUCGACAAGUACGCAGAGUUAAAGAGCCAGUCCGAAAUGGAUAAGUCUGUUCUGUUUGAGGAGACUGCAAAGGCUUUACUUGCAGAAGGCAUCAUACUCCGAAGGAGAGGCGUUCCACGGGUGGCAGCAGAGCACAGGGAUCCAGUGUUGGGGCUGAAGCUAACAGACAUGUUGGCUGAGCAGCAGUCAAUUGAAAGUGAAGUCAAGCAAGAGCCUGAAGAGCAUACCACACAGACUUACUAGAAUUAAAAAAGGUCAUAUGUCGAUAUCACCAGCUCGUGUGUGUGUGUGUGUGUGUGUGUGUGCGUGCGCGCGCGCGUGCAUGCGUGCGUGUAUACACAUAUACACACCACCAGGUAAACGUUUGAACACACUCUCUCAUUCAGUAGCAUGAGGAAGUGUGUCCAAGCUUUUGACUGGUUAUGCUAUUAUGACCUGUAAGAAAGCCUUUAUUAUUUUGGUCUACAUCACCAAUUGUUGUCAUCAAUAUUUAUUAUGUAGUGGUUGUAGUUAGCCAUUUUGCAUGACAUAAAAAGUAACCCUCUACAUCAGGGAUGUCCAAUGUGGAGACUGGGGGGGCCAUUUGCAGCCCAUGGCUUUUUUUUUUUUUUUUUUUUUUUUUUUUUAAAUUGACCAGAGGCACAUUCUAAAAAUAUACUUUAACAAGAAAAAUAAAUAGAAAAUCAGCAGUAUUUUCACAAGAAUAAUGUCAAAACAUUAAGAGGAAAAGUUGUAAUCUAACAAGAAAAAGAUGUAAUUUUACGAAAAUAAAGUAAUGUUAUGAGGAAAAAUAACAAUUUUAGUAAAAUAAAAUUCAAAGAAAAAGUUUUGUUCUUUGUUCCCUUAAUAUAAUAGCUUUAUACUUUAUAACUUUUCCCCAAGGUAAUUCUCGAAAAAUUAGACCUUGUGUUUUCUUCUUCGUAAUAUUAUGACUUUAAGAAAAUAAUUUUUAAUAAAAAAUUUCAACUCUGACUAAAAUUACAUUAUUUUUCGACAUAUUACAAGUUCAUUGUCAUAAAAUCAUGACAGUUUUUCUUAAUAUUUUGAGCUGUAUUUUUUAUUUCUGCUUUGUUUUUUUUUUUCCAAAGACUGUACUUCAACUUUACUAAUUAUUAUUAAUUAUUAAACUUAUUAUGACUCUAUUGCCAUAAUAUAACUUUUUCCCCAACCUAUUUUUUUGGAAAAUUUGAAAUGUAUUUUGUUUUGUUUUUUUCUCAUAAUAUUAUGACGUAAAAAAAACCCAUUUUUUUCUUUAAUAUUUCAACUUUAUGCCACGAAAAUUACAUUAUUUUUCCUUACAAUAUUAAAAUUUCCAUAACAUUACUAUUUUUUUUUCUCUUAACAUUUUUUUACUUUAUUAUUGUAAAAUUACUGCUGAUUUUUGCUGGGGUUUUUUUUGUUAUUUUCUUGUUAAAUUAUAUUUUUAGAAUGUGCCUCGGGCUGCAAAUGGACCCCAAGCCGCACAUGGAACACCUCUGCUUUACAGCAAUUUUGAAAUGCAUGUACCCCGCCUGUCGCCCGAAGUCAGCUGGGAUAGGCUCCAGCAUGCCCCCGCGACCCUAAUGAGGAAGAAGCGGUAUAGAAAAUGGAUGGAUAGGCUUACAAGCACAUAAAUGGACAAUUAAAAAAAACAUAAAACAUAACAUAAUAGUAUGUACAGUUUCAGAUGAUAAUUUUGCAAACAAAAUUGUGUUUUUAACAUGUAGAUGAAUAAAUAUUGUGCUGAAA